AUGCACAAAGGAUUCACAAUCGUGUUGAAGAUCGGGACAUCCUCGCUCGUGGACGAGGUCACACGCGAGCCUCUCCUCUCGAACAUGUCGCUCAUUGUGGAGACCGCGGUCAAGUUGCGCCGCGCGGGCCAUCGAAUCGUCCUUGUAUCUUCCGGUGCGAUUGCCGUCGGUCUCAAGCGCAUGGGCAUGGCUGUAAAGCCGAAAAGGUUGGCGCAGGUGCAGGCGCUCGCGGCCAUCGGACAGGGUCGGCUCAUCGGCCUCUAUGACGACCUCUUCCGCCAGUUUGCGCAGCCGAUUGCGCAGAUUUUGAUUACCAGAAAUGACAUUGUGGACUACACACAGUUCCGCAACGCCCAGAGUACCAUUGAAUCGUUGCUCGACAUGGGUGUGAUUCCCAUUGUGAACGAGAAUGACACCUUGUCCGUAGCCGAAAUCAAGUUCGGUGACAACGACACUUUGAGUGCAAUCACGGCAGUUAUGGCGAACGCCGACUACUUGUUUUUAAUGACGGAUGUCGACUGUCUCUACACGGAUAACCCACGGACAAACCCGGACGCCAAGCCGAUCUUGUGUGUGGGUAGCAUGGACGAGUUGGAGGUGGACACCUCUUCCGGAGGCUCUGACGUAGGGACGGGUGGUAUGACCACAAAGUUGAUUGCGGCGGAAUUAUGUAUGGAUAGCGGUGUGACGGCCAUUAUCAUGAAGCUGUCUCAACCAGCUAACGUCUUGCCGAUUGUUGAGUAUAUUCAGUCGAUCAGCAACGCCAAGGCGACAGGAGAAUUGGCGAGCCAGCUUGCACAGCUUUCCCUCAACAAGGUUCCGCUCCACACGCGGUUCAUCGCCGAGCCCCGUCCAAUUAACAACAAAAAGUUUUGGUUGUUGCACGGUUUGAAGACGAAGGGGUCACUUAUUAUUGACCAGGGUGCGUAUAAAGCGAUCAUUCCGCCAAACAGAGCUGGCUUGUUACCAGCGGGGAUUAUUGGCGUGGAGGGUAGCUUCCACGAGUCGGAGCCUGUCAAGUUGAUGCUUGGGCACCGCGAUCCGGAGACGGGCUUGUGGGACAAGACCAAGGAGACAUUGGAGUUUGGUCGUGCAAGAGUAAACUACAAGGCGAUGGAGAUCCAGAUGAUCAUGGGCAAGCACAGCUGGGAGAUUGAGGGGAUUUUGGGGUACCAUGACUCGGAGUAUGUAGCGCACAGGGAUAAUUUGGCGUUUCCACCAAGUGAAGUGAGAGCAGAAGCAAAAGCCGGUGUAUAG